AUGCGGCAGGUGGUCUCCGGCGCACAUCGCUUCCUGAGCUCCAGACGCCGCCCCGAGCGCUUCUCGUCGCUGGCGGCUGCUCUGCGGGUCUUCCACGAGCAGAACGACCAUUUUUUGGUGCCCUAUACCUUCCAGGUGCCUCAGAAUGAGCCCCAGAACGCAGCCACUUCUGUGUGGCCGGAAGACGCGCGCGGCCUGAAUUUGGGGCGCGAGAUCCGCAAAUUCGUGGACAUUUCAAGCUGUAAACCCUCCCCAAAGCUCGAGGAGACUCGCCGUCAAUUGGACGCCGUCGGGUUUCCCAAAAUUCACGACUGGAAGCGCUUCCAGUGGGAACAAAUCUCUCUUUCGGCACUGAAAAAUUACAAGAAGAUGGAGGGCGAUCUACUGGUGAAGCGGAACUUUGUGGUGCCUGAGGGGGAUCCACAGUGGCCAAAGACGACGUGGGGGUUCAAAUUGGGCUCUCAAGUCAAUUCCUUGCGUCAGAAGAAGGAAAAGUUGGAGAAGUACCAGAUUCAGGACCUCGACGACAUCGGCUUCGUCUGGGUGGUGGCGGUCUACAAUUGGGACGUCAUGUUCAUGCCAGCACUCAGAAGGUAUCAAGAGCUCUAUGGUCACUGUGAUGUUCCCCAGAAUUUCGUGGUUGGUGAAGGUGAAGAUGAGGAGAACGAGUGCCCGGAAGGUCUGCGAGGGUUUCGCCUUGGAGCCGUGGUGAACCGCAUUCGAGCCAUCUCAGCGUUCUCCGACUACGUGGACCGUGACAGGAAGGAGCUGGAGAAGUUAGGUUUCUACCUCAACAGCAAUGACCAGAAGUGGCAGGAGACCAUCCUGCCAGCGUUCGAGACGUACCAUCGAGUCUACGGAGACUGCAACAUCGCCGCGCUCUUUAUCGUGCCGGAAGAGGACCCAUGGCCGCAGUCGACGUGGGGUAUUCGACUUGGCUACAUUGCGCAGAAUAUUCGCAACCGAGGCGACUUCUUCCGACAAGUUGCGCGGGACUUUGACAAGCUGGAGCAGAUCGGGUUUGUCUGGAACGUGUCCGCGGCCAAGUGGGAGUACGGCGUGAUGCCUGCGUUGACGACUUACGUGCUCGCGUUCGGGAGUGCCGACGUCCCCGCUGACUUCGUGGUGCCAUCCGAAGACCCGUGGCCGGAGGCGUCGCGCGAAUUGAAGCUCGGGGAGUUGGCUACAAACCCCGUGAGAAGGAAGCGAUUCGCAGACUUCAUUGAGAUCGACCGCUUGCAGCUGGAAGCGCUCGGGUUCUUCUGGUCGGCCAUGCCCGGUGAUGAGAUCAGCGAAAUGGCUGAAGAUGACGAUCUCGGGGAGUGGUGA